UUAUUUUUGUAAUAAAAAAACACAAGGGAUUUUAUUAAAUUAGAAAUUAGGACAAAAUACAAAAAAUUGUAUGAAUGCAGUAAACGACUGUUAAAUAAAAGAAGUACUGAACAACAACAAAGCAAUUUGGCCAAACUAAAAGAAUUAUUUUCGAAGAGGAAGACUUUGUUAUGACCACCACGUUUGUGCGAGUUUCGAAAUAAAUAAUAGAAGCAAAUCCAUUCAUGAAUAAAAUUAUAAUAAAUAUAUUUAGUGCUGCAAAUACUUCCAUAAGGAAUAUCCAAAUAAUACGCCAACGUCACUUUUGGAAAAAUAUGGACUGUGAAUUAUUGCAACCGCCUUGUGAGGUACAAGGCAUGGUCGAAUUGAAGAGGGAAAAAUUUGCUAAAGCCAUACAAAUACCACGUUUAUGGGUGCGUGAGGAGAAGGCACAGAAGGUAUUGCCAGUGGUUAAGAAACUAUUGUUGAAAAUGGAAAAACUUAAACCUGUCAAACCAUGUACACUGAACGAAGUAGAUGGCAGAGAGAUCCUGCUGCAUCCCACACCAGUUAAGCAAUGGGAAGAUUUGCCUUGCAAUGAAUUAGAGCAGCAUGAAGUGAACAAGGAGAAUUUUGCAUUCACACAGAUACAAUUGACCUACGACAAUUGGAGAGCCGAUGAAAUUCUAAAGGCAGUGUUGCCCAAAGAUGAAGAAGGUUUGACUUCGUAUUCUCGCAUUGGUCACAUUGUCCAUUUGAAUUUGCGUGAUCAUUUAUUGCCUUACAAAAACUUGAUAGGUUUGGUUCUGCUGGACAAGGUUGCUAACUGUAAAACGGUGGUGAACAAAGCUUCCACGAUUGAUAACACCUAUCGUAAUUUCCAACUUGAGUUGCUGUGUGGUGAGCCUAUCUAUCAGGUGGAGACCAAGGAGAAUGGAGUGUUUUUUGAGUUUGAUUUUUCAAAGGUCUAUUGGAAUCCCCGCCUGUCCACCGAACAUGAACGUAUCGUUCAAAUGCUAAAACCGGGUGAUGUGUUGUACGACGUUUUUGCGGGUGUUGGACCAUUUUCUGUGCCUGCUGCCAAAAAGAAAUGCACUGUUUUGGCGAACGAUUUGAAUCCCGAGAGUUUUCGGUGGUUACAGCACAAUUUGAAACGGAACAAGUGCCAACAAAUGGCACAAUCAUUCAACAAGGAUGGUCGCGACUUUAUUCUGCAAGAUAUCAAACAAGAUUUGGCGAAACGUUGGCAGCAAUCAAAGGAAGAUGAAAAUUACAAAAUCCAUAUUACAAUGAAUUUACCUGCCAUGUCUGUAGAAUUUUUAUCAGCAUUCCGUGGAUUAUUCGAAAGGGAGUGUCAUGAAAAGACAAUUAAUUUUGAGCAGGAUAAUUUGAAUUACCCCUUGGUACAUGUGUAUUCCUUUGCUAAAGGUACCAAUACCAAAGAAUUGGUAUUGCAAUUGGUGGAGGAUAAUCUUAAAAUGCCAUUAAAAGAUAAUCUUGAAGGCAUUUAUUUUGUGCGAAAUGUUGCUCCCAAUAAAGAUAUGUACAGGGUAUCAUUCCAUUUAAACAAGGAAAUUGUAACACAACCCAUUGUUGUACAGCCAGAGGAGGAAUUCGAAAAUCAUCUCAAACGAAAAACCGAGGGAGAACAGGAGGAUAUGACGAAUGUUUCCCAAAUUUAAUAUGGGUCGCAGGUCAAAGCAAAAAUCGGGAGCAGGUGCUGCCAAAAAGACCAAAAACAUUUUCAAGGUCAAUGACGUUAAACAGAAGAAGAAGCCCAAGGAAGUACAGGGCAAGCUUAAAAAGAUCAAGGAAGCUGUAACCAAAAAGCAAGAAAAAGUUGAUGCCAAUCUGCGUGAACUUCACAAAGACUUGGUGGUAAAGAAGCCACAACC